AUGGUGUUCACUUCUCCAAGCUGGGUGCCUGAGCUCCCAAUUGAUCCUCCGGAUUCGAUACCUAUUGCUGAGUUUAUGAAGAACGAGGCGUAUGGUCGCCAACCUAUCGCCAAGAGUAGACAUCCUUUUACUUGCGGUAUCACUGGUCGUUCAUACUCAGCACCUGAACUAUUCGAGCGCUCAGAGUUCUUUGCAAGAGCUCUGGCAAAGCGCCUUCAAUGGCAACCGAAUGAGGGAACACCGUGGGAUAAGGUUUUGGCUAUCUUCUCUUUGAACACGAUCGACUUCGUAACUGCCAUCUAUGGCGUUCAUCGACUCAAUGGCAUAGCUACGCCAGCGAAUGCUGCUUACUCCUCUGAUGAACUAACUCACCAGCUCAAGGCAUCAGGAGCCAAAGCUCUAGUUACUUGUACACCUCUACUCGAGGUGGCACUUGAGGCAGCCAAGAAUGUGGGCAUAGCAGACGAAAACGUCUACUUGUUCGAUAUACCACGAUCUAAGCCUACCUCCAGUUUCAAACAUGCUUCUGUAGAGGAUCUCAUCAACGAAGGUUCGAAACUUAAACAAUUGGAGAAACUCCAGUGGGUUCAAGGUCAAGGUGCACGCCAGACAGCCUUUUUAUGCUUCUCAAGUGGAACAUCAGGCUUGCCGAAAGCGGUGAUGAUAUCUCAUAGAAAUGUCAUCUCAAACGUGUUACAACAUGUAACCUAUGACUCUGUUGCCAGACGGAAGAAGGGUGUAGUAACUCAAGCAGUCACAGGCUUCUUGCCCUUCUCUCAUAUUUACGGCCUUGUUAUUGGUGCUCAUACUUGCACAUGGCGAGGUGAUCAGGUCAUUGUUCUCCCAAAGUUUGAGUUCAACGACUUCCUCAAGUCUGUUCAGGAGUUCAAGAUUCGGCAGCUGCUGGUGGUACCACCAAUCAUUAUUCAAGUCCUAAGAUUCAAGGAUAUCUGUGCCAAGUAUGACCUCAGCAGCGUUAAGUUUGUCUACUGUGGUGCGGCCCCCCUCGGCGAGGAAACAAUUUCGGACAUGAAGAAUCUUUAUCCCGAUUGGACGAUUGCCCAGGCCUAUGGGAUGACGGAAACUGCAACUGUCGUGACAUCUUCAAGUGAAGAUGAUGUCUUCACAAGAGGCUCUGGAUCCUUAUUGCCGGGUGCCAAGGCCAAGAUCAUUGAUCUUGAGGGCAAAGAAGUCACUGAGUAUGACAAACCAGGGGAACUACUCGUUCAAGCCCCGUCAGUUGUGCUGGGCUAUCUGAACAACGAGAAAGCUACCUCUGAAACCUUUGUUCAUCACGAGGAUGGCAGAUAUAUUCGCACUGGAGAUGAAGCCAUUGUGACCUUGGCCCCGUCCGGUCAUGAGCAUAUUGUGAUCGUAGAUAGAAUCAAGGAACUCAUCAAGGUCAAGGGCCAUCAGGUUGCACCCGCGGAACUCGAGGCUCAUAUUCUGACGAGCCCUCAUGUCUUUGACUGUGCUGUGAUCCAAGUACCUGAUGAGAGGUCGGGAGAGGUACCAAAGGCUUUUGUAGUGAAGAGUUCUUUGGCCGAGUCUUUGGAUGAAGACAAGGUGGCGAACGACAUCAUGAAGCAUGUCGCGGACAACAAGGCUUCCUAUAAGCAGCUUAGAGGAGGUGUUGAGUUUCUAGAGGUUAUACCCAAGAGCCCAAGUGGAAAGAUCCUUCGCCGACUUCUCAGGGAUAAGGAGCGUGAGAAGAGACGCGCCGAAGGGGCGAAGCUAUAG